AUGACUAAAUUAUCAAACUGGCUUAACGUUAAAGAAUCAUUAGAAACAACUAUCGAACAUCUGCUUAAGCUAAAACCUCCCGUGAAAAAAAAUAAAAAAUCGGCUUCCGACACAGUAAAAGAAUUCGCACAUAAAUGCAAUCCUCCACGAAAUAUUGAUUUUUCGGAUGCAGAUAUGACAAGGAACCACCAUGCGCACGGAAUAACAAAAUCAGUAGGAAAAUGGAACGAUGAAAAAUUGCAAAGGCUUUCAACCUUGGCAUUAGAAUUAGUUGAAUGUCUUGGUGACGAAGAUGCAUUUGAGUCAUUGUUGAUAAUAAAACGGAAUCUGAGUUCUGAACUCGCGGAACAAUAUGCUUUACCAAUGAAGAGAAAACAUGAAAACAAUGAGGAUGAAUUCCAAGAGAGAAAGAGACAUAUGUCCGAUGAAGAACUCGGAGAGUUAAUUGAUUUCGCUCUAAACAUAGUAAAUAAACUUUAG